AUGGCAGGUCAGACCAACAAGGAAGCCGCGGAUCUCUUCCGCGAGGCAUAUGCCAAAUCCCAGGAUGAGCAAGACCCGCUAUCAUCCUUCCGCGACCAAUUCAUCAUCCCAACAAUCUCAGACCUGCACUCCAAAACCCUCAAACCCUCCUCGCAGGAUCAACCACAACAAUGCACCUAUCUCUGUGGCAACUCUUUAGGUCUUCAACCACGUCUCACUUCUCAAUACCAACAAAAUUACCUUCAAACCUGGGCGACUAAAGGUGUCUAUGGUCACUUUACCGAGAUUGAGGAUUCAAAAUUGCCGCCUUGGUUGCAUGUUGAUGAUGAUGUGAUUGAUGAUGUUUGCGAUAUUGUGGGAGCGAAGAAGAAUGAAGUCGCUGUUAUGCAGACUUUGACUGCGAAUUUGCAUCUCGCUAUGGCCAGUUUUUAUCGUCCUACUGAGAAGAGGUGGAAGAUCAUGAUUGAAGGAAAAGCGUUCCCGAGUGAUCAUUAUGCCGUGGAAUCACAACUUCUACACCACAGCAAGGAUCCUGCUUCUUCGAUGAUCCUUCUCGAGCCAGAAAACUCAAAUAACCCUAUCCUGAGUACUCAACAGAUCCUCGCCGCAAUCGACGAGCACGCAGAUGAAACAGCCCUCCUUCUGCUACCAGGAAUCCAAUUCUACACUGGCCAGUUCUUUGAUAUCCCUACCAUCACCGCUCACGCACAGAAACAGGGCAUACUUGUGGGUUGGGACCUUGCCCACGCAGCAGGAAACAUGCCUCUCAAACUUCACGAUUGGAACGUCGACUUCGCAGCUUGGUGCAGUUACAAGUAUCUCAACUGCGGUCCAGGCAGUAUUGGUGGACUUUUUGUCCACGAGCGCCAUUCUAGAGUUUCUGCUGCUUCAUCCUCUUCACAACCAGAGUACACACCUAGACUUAGUGGUUGGUGGGGUAGCGACAAGAGCAGCCGCUUCGCAAUGGAAAACGUUUUCACGCCGAUUGCAGGAGCAGGUGGCUGGCAACUCUCCAACCCAUCGGUCGCAGAUAUGACAGCUCUCCGCGCCUCCCUAGACGUCUUCAACAAGACCUCUCUUGCAGCUCUCAGAAAGAAAUCAGUCGCGCUAACCGGAUAUCUGGAGAAGCUGCUCCUUGCAAGCACGGAUAUUAAAGAUUGCUUCUCUAUCAUCACACCUUCUGACCCCGAGCAGAGAGGUGCGCAAUUAUCACUUCGUCUUUCUCCUGGUCUCCUUGACAAUGUCAUGCACGUACUAGAGAAGAAGGGUGUGGUAGUGGAUGAGAGAAGGCCAGACGUCAUUCGUGUAGCUCCUGCGCCGCUCUACAAUUCUUGGAGAGAUGUGCUGAGAUACGUACAAGUCUUCACAGAAGCUUGUAAAGAGGCUUCGGCUAAGAAAAGCAAGGAAACAGAAGGAUCGGUCAUGGUGGAAGGCGGAAAGGAUGACAAAGGCUGGAGUGAGGUGAAAUAG